AUGCAGAUGAAUCGCAGCGGAAGUGGGAAGCCAUGGGCAAGUCCAUGCGCCGCUUGUAAAAUUCUUAGAAGAAGGUGUGGUGAGAAAUGCAUACUUGCUCCCUACUUUCCACCAAACAAUCCCCACAAGUUUUCUACCGCGCACCAUGUUUUCGGAGCAAGUAACAUAGUCAAGAUGCUUAAGGGUGUUCCAACCGAUCGAAGAGACGAUGCAAUAAGUAGCAUGGUGUAUGAAGCGAAUGCAAGGGUGAGAGAUCCUAUUUAUGGAUGUGCAGGGACUAUAUGCCAACUUCAGCACCAAAUAUCAGAGCUGCAAUCUCAAUUAGCAGCAGCACAAGCCGAGCUAUUGGCCCUUCAUAUGCACCAAGCUAAUCUCCUGUCCUUAAUUUCAUUAUCUCACACGUCAAAAGAAGAUGCACAACCCACCGAAAGUGACCCACAAUAUAAAGAAAACAAGGAAUAUAACAUCGAUGGAUUAUUCUCAGAUGAAAUGGAGUGCCUAAUGCUGUGGGAACCACGCUAGACAUAGACACAAAAUGGUGUUAUUUCUUAUAGAAAUCGCAAGCUAUGUUCUAUGAGAGACAUAACCAAAGCUGGUAAGGGCACUUCAUUUGAAAAGAGUUGAUGGGUUCCCUUUGUCUAAUAUAUAUUUUAAACAAAUUUUAC